AUGGCUCCUCGCGAGGAGCUUGUCUCCUCUGCUGUUUCCUUUCUACAGGAUCCUUCUGUGGCUUCGUCGCCCAUUGAGAAGAGAGUCGCAUUCCUUCAAUCAAAAAACCUUACACAGGAAGAGAUCGAUCUCGCUUUAUCCCGCGCCGGUGAAGAUCCAUCCGUUGCUGCUUCUGCUGUCGCCUCAACGCAAGGCUAUCAACCUCCUACUCAAAACGCUGUCUACCGUCCUCCCCCUCCACCACCAGGGUAUGGCUACCCGCCUUACGGCCAAUGGCAGGCCCCUCCAGAACCUCCGAAAAGGGACUGGCGGGAUUGGUUUAUCAUGGCUACAGUAGUCGGAGGUGUGGGAUAUGGGUUAUACACCGUCACAAAGCGGUACAUUGCGCCGUUAAUCGCCCCUCCUACACCACCCCAAUUGGAACAAGACAAGCAGAACAUUGAUGAGCAGUUUUCUCGCGCUUUUGCUUUAAUUGAGCAACUUUCCACAGAUACUGCGGCAUUGAAGUCAGCUGAAGAAGCGCGCACAGAGCGAUUGGACACAGCUCUUCGGGAAGUUGAAACCCUGGUGGCCGAUCUGAAGACCGCUUCUCGCCGACGGGAUGACGAAACCCGCCGCAUCAGCGACGAGGUCAAAUCAUUGAAGGACGCCAUCCCCAAGGCUCUUGAGGGCGCUCGGGAAGGCAACGAAACCCGGUUGAAGGAACUUGGCACUGAAUUGAAGAGCCUGAAGACUUUGCUUGGUAACAGACUCAGUGGCAGCGGCGCAUCCAGCGCCCCUGUUGCCGGAAGAACUAUCAGCGCAUCAACUCUGCCCAGCGUCGCUCGGCCCGCGGAGGAGGCGUCGCCGGCUGCCACACCCGCUACUACCAACGGCGUUACAGCGACUCCUACUACACAAGAAUCGCAGCCCUCCCCAGCACAGCCAGGCGCCGGCUCGACCACCGGUGCCGCCGCUAGUAGCCCUCUUGCGCAAUUUGGCCGAGGCGCCUCCAUUCCUGCCUGGCAGAUGGCCGCUGCCAACCGGUCGAAGACCGCUAAUCAGUCAACGACGACGCCUGCCGGAGAAAGCUCUUCUGACAAUACGGAACAACAGAGUGCUCCGGCCAGUUGA